AUGGACUCGGUUAUCAUCGUAGUGUCGGACACUUGCGCGUCGGAUCCCUCCAAGGACGCCACGGGCCCGGCUUUGCAGAACGUUUUACAGACAAAUAACAACAUUGUGUAUGUCGCUGACGACAAGAAGGCGAUCCAGUCUGCGGUGCGUCACAAUGCUGCGAAGUACGCCCUGGUCGUCACCGCGGGCGGCACAGGCUUUUCUCCUCGCGAUACUACUCCUGAGGCCGUCUACGAGCUGAUUGACCGGCCUGCUCCUGGAAUUGUUACCGCAAUGCUGGUCGAAAGUCUCAAGAUCACUCCAUUGGCUGCUUUGGCUCGCCCUGUGGCGGGUACGAUCGGGCACAGUUUGGUAAUUACUGUCCCGGGGUCUCCAAAGGGUGCAGUCGAGAAUAUCCAGGCGGUGCUUCCUGUUUUGACCCACGCAAUCAAGUUGGUUUCUGGCGAAAGCUCCCGCGAUCUGCACUCAUCGGCGAAGUCGUCGGCAGACCCCGCUACUGCCCAACAGACAGUUGUUGCCGCGAUAAGCACUCCUACAAAGCUAUGUCCACACCAUGGUCACGGAAAGGGUCUCAAAUUUUAUGGAUCAGCUCAAAGACCAAGAGAGAGCCCGUUUCCGAUGAUCUCGUUCGAAGACGCAUACAAGAUCGUCAUGGAUGCAGCGGCCGAACCAACCCUGCGGACUGACGUGGCUCUCUUUAAUGCUGUUGGUAGAGUCAUUGCUGAUGAUAUUCAUGCCCGCGUUGAUGUCCCUCAAUUCAGGGCAAGUAUUGUUGACGGGUAUGCGGUCCUCCACAGUGACUGUCCGGGGAUCCUACCACUUGCCGAGGUGGUAACAGCCUCCAAAGACACUAUCAAGCUGAAACCAGGGACCUGCGUACGAAUUACCACGGGAGCACCUGUUCCUCACGGUGCUACUGCGGUAAUUCCGGUUGAAAAUACGACCGUAGCCGAGGAAAAGGACGGUAAAGAGGUUGCGAUCAAAAUCCAUGCUUCUGGUGUGGGGGCCGGGGACAACAUUCGAGAAAUAGGCUCAGACAUUGCUAAAGGAUCCUGUGUCUUGGCGAAAGGAACCCCGAUCUCCUCACUCGGUGGCGAAGUUGGUCUAUUGGCGUCCAUUGGUAUCCCUGCCGUCAGAGUGUUUGAGCAGCCGGUUGUCGGCGUCCUUUCCACCGGCGAUGAGCUAGUUUCGGUUGAUUCGCAGGUUUGUGGCUCGCAAGUUCGAGAUUCAAAUCGCCCCAUGCUGCUUGCUGCCUUGAACGCUGCCGGUAUUGAUCCCGUCGAUCUCGGUAUCGCUCCCGAUAAAGAAGCAGAUCUCCUGCGCUCGCUGAGAUACGCUCUCUCCAAGGUCAAUGUUCUUAUUACUACUGGAGGUGUAUCGAUGGGUGAAUUAGAUCUACUCAAACCAGCGAUUGAAGAACUCGGUGGCCAGAUCCACUUUGGCCGCGUCAAUAUGAAGCCUGGAAAACCAAUUACUUUUGCCACCAUUGGAGAAACUUUGGUGUUUGCCCUACCCGGAAAUCCGGCCUCUGCAAGUGUCUGCUACAGUUUGUUUGUGCAACCAUGCAUUGACAAGCUCCGCGGGCACGCAUACGAGCACCGCCAUUUCAGUGUUGCCAUCAGUCGUGAUGUCAAGCUUGACACUCGUCCAGAGUUCCAGCGCGUGCAUAUCAAGUUUUCACCGGAUGGACCGAGGACAGAAUCCACAGGAUUCCAGCGGAGCAGCGCUAUUUCUUCUAUGGUUGGUGCCAAUGCUCUAUUGUGUUUGCCGGCUCGAACUGACGAUGUACAAGAACUCAAAGCUGGGUCGCAUGUUCCCGCUAUUUUACUAAAUUCACUCUAA